AUUGUUCUCACCUGUUCUUGUGUCGAUUGCCCAAAGCUUUGGACCCUUUCUAUCAUAAAUCGCAUCAACACCCACAAUUCGCAUGGGGGCUGAGAUCACACUAAAGCAAUUAGAGAGCCUUAGUCCUCCCAUUAUGAAGCAGGUUCUUCCAUUAGUUGAGCAACUUCCGCCCUUGGACAUGGACUUGGUCAAUGGAAGAGAAGAUUUUUCUCCAAAACCAGAAGAAACUCGACUUAUAAAGUCGUACUAUGGCCUUUCAAGGAAACUUCUAAUAAAGUUCAAGGAUGAUACAAUAGAUGAAACUUCAAACUUGGCUCAGGUGCUAAGUUCAGAGUCAGCGAUCAGCUCAAUGCUAGACAUGUCAAUUCGAUCAUUGACAGGAGAUCAUGGGUUUCCUCUACAACAAGCUCUACCAGAUGUUCCACCUGCAAUGGAAGAUGCAGUGAAUCGUGAAAGUGAGCUUUUGGCAAAUCUGAGUGCAGGAACACCAUGGGAGACUGUUGCCAAGGAGGUCAGCAAUACAUUAGGUGUAGACACACCUGUUCUUCUUGCAGGAAUAUCAAAGGACGUAAACAAUCUUGUGGACGUGAUCACAUCCUGGAUGGCUUCAAAUUCAGGUGCAAAACUCUUAAACCCCUGAUUGAUAAGUAAAAUGAAAUAGGUUGAAUUAUGAAUCAAGUCUAUGCAAAUAGGUUAAAUUGUGAAUUAAAUCCAUGUACUACAUGUAAAGCCUUGG